GUCAAAAUGGAACCAACUACAUGUGUAAAGCUGACCCAAAGAACCGAACCAUUCUUUAUUUCAUGUGUAUUCCGUCUAAACAGAAAUGCGAUGGCAUUAAACAGUGUCCCCUUGGUGACGACGAAGAACAUUGCCAGUUGCCUGUGUGUAAGGAGUUACAAGUACGGUGCCGGGAAGGAACAUGUGCGACAGUGUGCAAUGGUAUACCGGAAUGUGAUCAACUGGAAGACGAACUUUUUUGUGGUCCUGUAUGUAAGGAGGGUCAUUUACGAUGUCCAGAUGGUAAUUGUGCCGUUGUGUGUGACGGGAAGGACGACUGCAAAAACAAAGAAGAUGAAAGAAAUUGCAAAGAAAAUUUGUCAAGCACAGAUAUAUGUAAGUACGGCGAGGUCUUGUGUCCAGAUAGAAGGAAAUGUGCUAAAAUAUGCGACGGUAUUCCACAGUGUGAGGAUGGCGCCGAUGAGAAAUUUAUUUGCUAGUGUCGAUGACGAAAACGAUGAUCGAUGUCAAUAAGUUAAUGUCUAACACUUGUUAUUAAAAUAGCGUCUUUUUAAUAAAUCUCAAUGGAAAAUGAGUGAAAUCUAACCUGCUGAAACUACUGAGACAGUAGAUUCGAUAAUCUAGCAUGUUACCUGAUUCAUAGAUCAUGCAUUAUGAUAAGUGUCAUACCCAAUGAUUGACAUGCUUCAAUUCAUGAUAAAGUAAUUUGACAGGUUAUACACUAAAUUAAAAUAAAAAAAAUAAUAGUAAUAAACAACAGCAUCAUCAAAGAAAACAAAACAAUAACAACUUUGAUAAUAAUUCAAUCUAAAUAACAACAUCGCAUGACACCUAAUGGCAGUUCUAACUUAAGACCAGUCAUUUAUGCUAAUAAAAAGUUUACUUUCUCCUUAUGAACAUACCAGUUCUUUUUUUAAUACAAUCGCUUACAUUAUCAUAGUUGCUUUUUUUGCUGCUGGGACAAUCGUGUGUUCCAAUGUCACAUCUUAAAGAUUUAAGUUAACUUAAUAUUUAUAUUAAGCACACGUAAAAAUUAGAUCAGUUAUAUAAUAACGUCAUUCAUAGUAUAUAUUUAUUCAUAUGUAUGAAUCUUUGCACCUUUAAAUGUCCACGCCGGUUUUAUACUCGAAUUCACAAUAUUGCACGGAAUACGACAACGGUUUAAUGCUUUGAUGUUUUUCAGUUGAGAAAGUAUAUUUAUUUAGCCCACUACUGACAGGUUUCCCUUUCGUUAUGUCACACUCACUAUCAUUAAAAUCAUUCAAACCAACAUGUUGUUCUGUAAUCAUUUCAUCCUUAAAACAUAUUUCUCUGAAAUCGCUACUGUCAUUACAAAUCAAGUUUGGUUUUAUUGAAGAACUUGCAUUAUUGGUAUCAAUAUGUACAACAAUGGUUUCACUUAUGUCUUCAAUUGUUGUAUGAUCAGUUUCACAACUUGUUACACACUUCUUUUUGAAAUUUUCACUAUGUCUCCUGCUUUUAGGCAAUCUGUCUGUGCCUGUCAAUUCAGGUGAAGAGAUUCCACAACCCAUUCUAUGUCGAUUCUUUUAUUAUUCCAGUUAAUUUUAUGUUUUAAACAUUUAAGAUUCAAGCUAUAUAGCCAAUUAAGGUGAAAACAUUCCACAACCUAUUCUAUGUCGAUUCUCUUGUUAUUCCAGUUAUUUAAAUAUUUAAAACAUAUGAGAUUUCUAGACGAAUGAUUCAUUUACUUCAAUAAUGGUCAUACAUAAUCUAUAGGAUC